CUGACCUCAUUUCCCACAGUCCAUGACCAAGUGAGAGACGAGCUCCCGCGGAGAGCGCGCGGCGCAGAGGGGAGGGGAGGGGAGGGAGGGGCCAUGGCGAAGGCGAGGGGGAAGGCGCCGAGGCCGAGGCUGAGGCCUUCGCGGGGGCUGGCGGCGGGCCGGAGGCUUCUCGGGGUGGGCGGGCUGGGCGUCGCGGCGGCGGCUUACGUCGGGGUGGACUACCUGCGGUACCUCUCCCCGGCGUGGCACGACCGGCUGAUGCCGGCGCUCUGGGCGGCGCUGGCGCUGGCCGCCGCCGCGCGGGCGCCGUUCUACCGCCACUGGUCCGCCGAGCUCCGCGCCGCGCUGCCCUUCCUCGGCUCCAUCGCCUUCAUGCUGGGGGCCUUCCUCUGCGAGGCCAUCUCCGUCCGCUUCGUCUCCGCCGUGAUGGGGCUCCAGUGGCACAGAUCUGCUGCUCCACUUCCUGACACUGGCCAAUGGCUGCUUUUAGCAUUGAACGAGAAGCUUCCUCAAAGUGUGGUUGAUCUACUGAGAGCCCAUAUUAUCACUCUGCACCAUUACUUGAUGUUGUUUAUCAUGCUUGGUUUCUCAGUGCUCUUUGACUGCAUCAAAGCUCCUGGUCUUGGAAUAGCCACAAGAUAUAUGUUCACUAUGGCAAUUGGACGUUUGCUUCGAACAGUAACAUUUGUUGCUACUAUUCUUCCAUCUGCAAGACCUUGGUGCACUGCAGCUCGGUAUCAAAUACCUGGGCAUCCUCAUCCUUGGGCACAAAAAUAUUAUGUUCCAUAUGCUUCAGACUCCGAUGCUAUCCGUAGAGUCAUACGAGAUGAUGUGGCCUAUGCUGCUGUUCAGUCUUACCCUGGUGAGUAUAGACCUGACUGGGGUCGGAUGAGCUUCCUAGUAGACAUUUUAAGGCCAACUCAUGGGGAGGGACCUUCAUGGUACCAUCUGCUGAAGAAAGCUAGUGGUGGUUGCAAUGAUCUUAUGUACAGUGGUCACAUGCUUGUUGCUGUACUUACUGCAAUGGCAUGGACGGAAGCAUAUGGGGGCUGGAUCUCCGUCGCAAUAUGGCUUCUUGUCCUGCAUAGCGCACAGAGGGAGAUUCGUGAACGCCAUCAUUACACUGUGGACUGUGUUGUGGCAAUCUAUGUCGGUAUACUCCUGUGGAGGAUGACGAAGUUCAUCUGGUCUGCUAGAGAAGCUAGCCGCGCUAGGAGGCUUGCAAAGCUUGAUGAGGUUCAGAACAGGCUAAUCCAUGCAGCGAAGGACUCAGACAUUGACGAGAUCAGAGGUCUCCUGAAAGAGGUUGAGCUCGCUGGCCAAGAAAAUCAGGGCGUCUCGCAGAGGGCCAUCUUGGCCUUUGCUGCCGCUACGAUUAUUUUCACCCUGACUUGUGUCGUCCUUGCCUUAACAUUAACCAGCGACGGGUGAUUUCCGCUAGCCUUCCUGGAAUCCCCUGAGUUGUCAGCCCAUUUUCUGGGGUUGCAGUGUUGUUUCUCUAGAUUCAGAUCAUCGAGUGCUGCUUGUUGUAGGAAACAUGGUUUCCGCAGAGAUGUAACAUUGAGCUGGUGCCAUUAGGAUUCAGAAUUUCAGACUAGUGAUGUACUGAGUUUUGGGCAAAAGUUGAUUUACAGCUGAAUGGAAAAAUCUGGUUAAUUCUA